UCCAUGACGUCAUCUAACUCAUCAUGGCAGGCGCUGGUGAAAACUCACAUGGUUGUGAAAAUAACUCGGAUUUAGAAGAAGACAGAUGCUCAGAAAAUGAUUUUGGAACCUCAGAACUUGGAACCAAAGAGUACUGGGAGGAAACAUAUCAGAAAGAGCUGGAGACUUUUAAAGACAUCGGAGAUGUUGGGGAGAUCUGGUUUGGUGAGGAAAGUAUGAGCCGUGUGCUACAAUGGAUGGACGAAGCUAAAAUCAAUGAAAAUGCUGCUAUUCUGGACAUCGGCACAGGAAACGGGGCCUUCUUAGUUGAGCUGGCCAAACAUGGAUACAAGAACCUCACUGGUAUGGAUUAUUCUCCUGCAUCAGUAGAACUGGCCAGAAAUGUUCUGGAGGCAGAAGGUUUGACUGAUGUCAGUGUUAAGGAGAUGGAUUUCCUAAACUGUGAAGGGCAGCUUAAGGGUUUUGAUGUCUGCAUCGAUAAAGGAACUUUUGAUGCAAUUAGUCUAAACCCAGACAACACUGAGGACGGCAAAAAGAUGUAUGUCCAGUGUCUAAAAGACGCUCUUAAAGACGGUGGCUUUUUUUCCAUCACAUCAUGUAACUGGACGAAGGAGCAGCUGCUAGAAAGAUUUGGCGAAGGUUUUGAGUUUGUUCAGGAGUUGCCUACACCAAGUUUCAAGUUCGGAGGAAAGACUGGCAACAGCGUGGCAGCUCUCAUCUUCAAAAAAAUACAUUGAAGGACCAAUUGAAGUGGAUUUUUUUUCUGUCUAAUUAUUCAACUUUUUUUCUUUAGAGAUUCCUAGGCUUUACUAUUUAGUGCUUAUUUUUCAAUACUGCUGAAACAGACAUUUCUUUUCCUAAAAUAAAUGUGCUUUUGUUUUUUUCUGUGCAGAGUGGUCGUGCAAGCUUCCACCUUGUAUUUGAAUGUAUUUAAUAAAGCAUGAUACUGUGAGUUAA